AUGGUCCCCCUCAUCCUGCUAGGGCUGCUCCUAUGCCUAUCCCUCACAUCUGCAUCACCAACCACCAAUUCCCACAUCUCCGAUACAACCCACUACCCGCUCCCGAACGAAGGCCAUGCCGUCGCCCACGACCCCAGCAUCCUCCGCUACAACAAUAGCCUCUACCACUUCCGAGGCGGCGUACACAUCCCCAUUUUCCGCGCCGCGAGCCUCUCGGGCCCCUGGGAGAAUAUAGGGACAGUCCUCGACGGCAACAGCACAGUCCAGAAGCAGAACCAGCGGCGACCAUGGGCGCCAAUGGUGACGCAGUGGAGGGAUAGGGUGUACUGCUUCUACUCGAUCAGCCAGAACGGGAAGCGGAAUAGUGCGAUUGGGGUUGCAAGUUCGGAGUCUCCUGAGCCUGGAGACUGGACGGAUCAUGGCGCGCUGAUCAAUACUGGAGCGGGGAAUGGGUCGGAUGUAUACCCGUAUAAUGUGUCGAAUGCGAUUGACCCGGGGUUUUUAGCAGACCCGGAUACGGGGAAGCCGUAUCUGCAGUAUGGGAGUUACUGGGAGGGGAUCUUCCAGGUUCCCCUCGCCGAUGACCUACUGUCUGUUGAGAAUGCUACGCACCCGGACGCUGACCAUCUGGUCGCUUUACCGAAUACAAAGCCGAAGCCGAUUGAGGGCGGCUUUAUGAGCUAUAGGGAUCCGUACUACUAUACUUGGUUCAGUCACGGGCAGUGCUGCCAUUUCAAUACGGAGGGGUUUCCGAAGAAGGGGAAUGAGUAUAGCAUCCGCGUUGGAAGGUCGACGAGCGUUCACGGACCGUUCGUUGAUCGAGACAACAAGACUCUUAUUGACGGGGGCGGAUCAGUGGUCUACGGCUCGAGCCAUGGGCAGGUAUAUGCCCCGGGCGGGCAGGGCAUUUUGCCUGGCGCCAAUGACGAGCCUGAUGUCUUGUACUACCACUACCAUAACGCAAGUAUUGGCUUCGCCCAGGGCGACGCACGCCUAGGCUGGAACUACCUCGACUACGUCGGCGGCUGGCCUGUUGUGAGGUAUGCCCACCCCAACUUGCUCUCCGGAUCACCCAUUAGAGACCCAGCUCGCUAA